AUGGAUAAAUUUUUUAGACCUUCUCCAUUUAAUGGAGAGGUAAAAACUUAUCCAAAAGAAUAUGCUGAUCUGAUUGAAAAUCCAGAGUCGUAUCAAAAACAAUUAAUAAACAUUAUUAAGGCGAAAUCAAAAUCAAUUGAAGAAUAUUAUCCAUCAAUCUCUCAAAUGUAUGAUAAUUUAAUACUAGUCUUGAAAGACAAGUAUGACAAAAUUAUAGAAACAUAUGUUAGAUUUGAAACAAAUCCUGUUGCUGGUCAAGAAAAUCUUUAUAUGGAUAAUAUUUCUCUAAAAUUCGAAGGUGAUUAUAUAACUAUUAAGAAUGUUAAUGCAAAAUGCUUGUUCAGAUUAUUAGAAACAUAUUUCAAACAAAUUAAUGAAAAUGAAUAUCAUUAUCUUGUCAAAUUUGGUUUAUCUCCAAGCUCUUAUCCUUUAUCAAAGCUUUCUAUAAUAAGUAAUCUCAUUGAUGCUAGAAAAUCAUUUAGAAUUGGUGGAACAAGUGAAAUUAUCACAAAAGAUAUUAUUAAUGAAGAAGGUGAACUCAAAAAAUGCAUUAAUGAUGUUGUUUGUAGUUUACAAAAAAUAGAGAAUCAUCCAAUCGAAAAAUGGAAUAAAAGUGAUGAAAUCGGAAAUCUCAUCAGAAAUGCAGCGAAUAAGGCAAUUUGCAUUAAUUCAUUGAAUGGAUCCUAUAUUGUUUUCCAAAAUAGCGAACAAAGAUACACAAUUGAUAUCAAAUCUCAAAAAAUCAUCACAAACGAAGGAACUGUAGAUGUAAGUAGCAUUUAUCCUUUUAAUAUCAUUAAUGCUGCUAUUAUAAAUGGAUGCUUAACUUUAAUCGGAAUUAAAGAUUCAGAAGUUUGCAUUAUUCAAUACAAAGAUGACAAAAUGAAGAAAUUGGGUGAAUGUGAAUACACAUUAGUUGGAACAGGAAUAAAACUCCUUAAUUCUGAAUUUUGUUGUCAUAUCAUUUAUAAUGAAUUGCAUUUGUACACAAAUGAUCACAAAAUUGUUAUUUACAACUUAAUAGAUAAGAAAAUAAUCGAUCAAAGUCCUCAGUUCUAUUUGUUUUCAUAUGAAAACUUUAGUUGCAAUCAAAUUUAUUGUGUCACUUUUGACAACGAAAACACUUUGUAUGUUGAUCGAAGAAAGAUUGAAACAUUAGACAAUUAUGUUACAUUAAUCCGUCCAUCGUAUGCAAAUGAAUCAUAUCAAGCAAUUUCAAUGAUUGCAGAUGAUAUAAUGGCAGAUAUAACAAAGACAUUUAUCAAUAUAAUUGUUAG